GUAAGUGGUCGGCUGCAGAACAUCCAGUAGGAAGCCAGCAGAAAAAGGGAUCGACACAGCCCGUCACGAGAGAGCGAGAUAGAAAAUGUCGAACCUGAAGAAAAUCAGCGAUGAGGACCGCGAGUCCAAAUUCGGAUACGUUUUCGCCGUGUCCGGUCCCGUCGUGACGGCGGAGCGUAUGUCCGGCUCGGCUAUGUACGAGCUGGUCCGUGUCGGAUACUACGAGCUGGUCGGAGAAAUCAUCCGUCUGGAAGGUGACAUGGCAACCAUCCAGGUGUACGAAGAAACGUCCGGCGUCACCGUCGGCGAUCCAGUGCUGCGUACCGGCAAGCCGUUGUCGGUGGAGCUCGGUCCAGGUAUCAUGGGCAGUAUCUUUGACGGUAUCCAGCGUCCGCUGAAGGACAUUAACGAAAUGACCAGCUCGAUCUACAUUCCGAAGGGUAUCAACGUGCCGUGCCUGUCGCGUACGCAGAGCUGGAGCUUCAACCCGCUGAACGUGAAGGCGGGCUCGCACAUUACCGGCGGCGAUCUGUACGGUAUCGUGCACGAGAACACGCUCGUCAAGCACAAGCUGAUGGUGCCGCCGCGCGCCAAGGGUACGGUGAAGUACAUUGCCCCGUCCGGCAACUACACUGUCGACGACGUGAUCCUGGAGACGGAGUUCGACGGAGAGAUCAGCAAGUUCACCAUGUUGCAGGUGUGGCCGGUGCGCCAGCCGCGCCCGGUAACGGAGAAGCUGCCGGCCAACCACCCGCUGCUGACCGGGCAGCGCGUGCUGGACUCGCUGUUCCCGUGCGUCCAGGGCGGCACCACCGCCAUCCCCGGUGCGUUCGGUUGCGGCAAAACCGUCAUCUCACAGUCGCUGUCCAAGUACUCCAACUCGGACGUGAUCGUGUACGUCGGCUGCGGUGAGCGUGGUAACGAGAUGUCGGAAGUGUUGCGCGAUUUCCCCGAGCUGUCGGUCGAGAUUGACGGUGUGACCGAGUCGAUCAUGAAGCGUACCGCGCUGGUCGCCAACACCUCGAACAUGCCUGUCGCUGCUCGUGAAGCUUCCAUCUACACCGGUAUUACGCUGUCGGAGUACUUCCGUGACAUGGGCUACAACGUGUCGAUGAUGGCCGAUUCCACCUCCCGUUGGGCUGAGGCGCUGCGAGAAAUCUCCGGCCGUCUGGCUGAGAUGCCGGCCGAUUCCGGCUACCCGGCCUACCUGGGCGCCCGACUCGCCUCGUUCUACGAGCGCGCCGGUCGCGUCAAGUGUCUCGGCAAUCCGGAGCGCGAAGGUUCCGUAUCGAUCGUCGGAGCCGUCUCGCCGCCCGGUGGUGAUUUCUCCGAUCCCGUCACUUCCGCCACGCUCGGCAUUGUGCAGGUGUUCUGGGGUUUGGACAAGAAGCUGGCCCAGCGUAAGCACUUCCCCUCGAUCAACUGGUUGAUUUCGUACAGCAAGUACAUGCGCGCUCUGGAAGAUUUCUACGACAAGAACUUCCCGGAGUUUGUGCCGAUGCGUACCAAGGUGAAGGAAAUCCUGCAGGAGGAGGAGGAUCUGUCCGAAAUCGUGCAGCUCGUCGGUAAAGCGUCGCUGGCCGAAACCGACAAGAUCACGCUCGAGGUCGCCAAGCUGCUGAAGGACGACUUCCUGCAGCAGAACUCGUACUCCGCGUACGAUCGCUUCUGUCCGUUCUACAAGACCGUCGGCAUGCUGAAGAACAUGAUCGGAUUCUACGAUAUGGCGCGCCACGCCGUGGAAACGACCGCACAGUCCGAGAACAAGAUUACCUGGAACGUGAUCCGCGACUCGAUGGGCCAGAUUCUGUACCAGCUGUCGUCGAUGAAGUUCAAGGACCCAGUGAAAGAUGGCGAGCCGAAGAUCAAGGCCGACUUUGAUCAGCUGUACGAAGACAUGCAGCAGGCAUUCCGCAACCUAGAAGAUUAAGCGGGCUCUAUCUCCUGACAGUGGAACAACGGAGCAGCAGCAGCAUGUGCCAGCAUGUCGAAGGAGAAAGUUGUACUAUUAACGAUAAGUUUCUUUUACCGCGUUUGCCAGCCACAACCCGCCGGCCGCAUCCUUUGGGGAGAGGAACUGCGGCUGCGGGACGGCUGCGCAAACCGAUUUAGCGCAAUGCAACACAUGAGACGUUUUACGUAGAUACAUAAUUAUGGCAUCAAUGCUGCAACCCGUUUAUGUACACAUGCACACACACACACAUCCAUGCAACAAGUAUUCCACAAGCGAGGUAGAUGUAGUCUUGUCCUUAGAUCGGACGAUGAGGAUGGGCACACGGAACAAAAGCAACACGAGAAGAAACAUAAUUAACAUCAACAAAAGGGGAUAACUACAACCGUGUGUCUACACCACCGUCGUCGCGUCCAUGAGAGAGUUAGAGGUGUGUGUGUGUGUCUAUGAGAAGAAAAACCUUUUUAAUUUGUUUCUACAUAACAAUCAGACAGAUAGGCAGAAAAGAGGGAAACACAGGAGCCGCGGAAAAGCAACUUGCAACUUGUGUCUUGCAAGUGCAUCUAAAUCAUCGUCCGCGAACAUGCAACUGCUUUCCCACACUGCUGAAUGCUCUCCGCGGUUCGGGCCUGCUCGGCUCGGCAGGUAGACACAAGAUCGAAACAACAACGCGCUAAUUUAUUCGUUCGCAAAAACGUGGUCUAUAUAUUUAUGUAAUAAGUGCGCCUGUUCAUUGAAUUUGGACGCACAGCAACACCGAAAAAAGAGGGGUAUUAGUCGAGUCAACAACAACGGCAACAGCGAGAGAAAAAAAACAGCGCAUAACUUAACCCGGCCCGGCCAGCAGCCUGCACACGGGGAGAGCAUCAAGCAGCAGAGCGAAAGAGCAAUUCGAGGGUUACAAAAUGUCGUUAAACGUACAAUAAGGAGAGCCGACUUAUGUGUUAUGGUACUACUAUAUAUAUAUAUAUAAUAUGUAUUUUUUGUUUGUUUUGUUGUUGCGCAGAUAAACUUUCUGUAGAAAAAGGCGAACGUCCAUGUAGCGGUGGAUUAGUCGCUAGAAGAAGAAGAAGAAAAAAACAAGUAUAUAUAUACACACACAAAACAUAAAAUUAAAAUAGAUCUAUUAAGCAUUACUGAA